AUGCCGACGAUUGUCAAAGAUGGGCCUGACGACACGCACUUUUUUAAUGUACCGCAAAAACCGACGGCGACGAAAAGUGAGGGCACCUCAGAGAAUGAUAUUCUCAGACAUAACACGUCUCCCCAGCAGCCGGCGUUUUCUGUUCCAGCACCGUCCCAAAUCCCAGCAGUCUCUAGCUCAGAUAACAACAUAGAGCGCGCUUCGGAGAACUCUUCGUGUGCGUAUGAGGAUAGACCGAAGGAAAGUUCCACUAGUCAACAAAACCCGACAAGUCCAUCACUACAUAAUGCUUCAUCGGUGUUCCCGCAACAUAAUAGCCAGAAUCCCGACUCAGAACGGGGCAUAUCGCAAGAUGGGACGAGCAGCGGACUUCGCUUUGGGAAACGCCCAAGAUUCCUCAAGAGUCGGAAUGCAAGUCAGAGGUCUUCUGCAUCAUCUGUAACCAAUCCGGAUUCUCACGAUGAUGUCGAUAGCGAUGUCACCAUCGGUCUCGGAACGGACUACGCUCUACAGUCAGGGGGCGCGGUGUCUACGCUGUACACAAAACAUAGUGCGAGCGAUGCACUUUCACGCUCUGCCAGUAUCAUGAGUGUGGCUUCGACUGUAGACGGCUUCCAGAAUUCCGCCGACCAUCUGGAGGCCUUGGCUGGAGCUGGAAACCAAAAAGUCACGACUUCAGGAAGAGGCGAUGAAUAUAUGCAAACCCCCAAAGCGAAGCAGCCUUUGGCACCACCUACGGACACCGUCCUAGCACGUCGUGUUAUGGAUGUCCAAGUUCCGGAAUCGUUGGCAAGAGAAUACAAAUCGAAGGGCGGUCUCACGACACCUAGGAAGGACUUCGGCGUGGGUGGUGCGCAGCGACCGGGACGAAAUAUGACGUUGAAAGAGCAGAGCAGCACGAUCGAACGAUUAUCCAAAGAAAACUUUGACCUAAAGCUCAAAGUCAUGUUUCUGAGUGACCGGCUGGACAAAUUAUCAGAGGACGGCAUUAAAGAAAUGAUUCAAGAGAACGUUGAAUUCCGUACCAAUAUUGCUGUCAUGCAGCGGGACAACAAGGCGCUGCGACGUCGUGUCAAAGAGUUGGAGAAAAAAAUUCAAGAUGAGAAUGAUAGGCCCGGCACGUCACGAAGUGCGACUUCGUCUAGUGGCCAGGCGGAUGCUCUAGAUGCUGAUUUGCAGGAUAAAGAGGAGGAAAUCACAUAUCUACGCGAGCGUGUCGAGGAGUAUACUACAGUAAUCGAACGGCUUCGCGCAGACCUCUUUUCACAGGAAACAGACAAGCGGCGUAUGGCUGACCUAGUCAAGUCUUUACAAUCGAUCGGCGAAAAGAACGUCGGUGAUAGUUUGGGUCGACAAGAAGAAGAAGACGUCUGGAAAGAUUUACUUGAGCAGGAAACAGGAAGGCGGGAGCAGGCCGAUGAAGAGAAUAGGAAGUUGCGGGAUGACAUUUUUCGCUUGAAGCAAGACUUCCACAUCGCAGGCAACAAUGGUAGCGGAAACCUUCACCGCUCCACAAGCAUAUACAGCAUGUACAAGAAGCCAAGCAACGAGCCACAAGCACAGUUUUCAAGUGCCCACGCGGACACCAUGGGAAGCACAACGAGUGGUGCUGACACACUUGUCGAGGAGCUUCGACGAGAGAGCGAGCAGCUGCGACACGAAAAUGCAGAGCUACGCAAAGAAGUCGGAGCGCAAACAUCGAUGUUGACGUCACGCAACAAGGAAAAGGAACGUCUUUACUUGGAAAUUGAAGACCUGAAGAUGGCCCAGCGUAGGGGUGGGGGCCCAGCGCCAUCUACAGUGGACAGUUUUCUGGACCGGUCGGCUUCUCAAAUUGGUGCUCGCGAACGGUCCGCAUCUCGAACGAGCGGUGAUACAAGGGCCGAAACGGUAGUCGGAGAUCAAGAGCGUGAGGAUCUUGAAAACAAAAAUGCCACCCUGCGCGACAAGAUUAACGAGGUAAAGCUUGAAAAUCAGACACUGUUGCAAGAGCUGGACACGGUCCUACAGCAGAAGCAAGAAACAGACGACGUGGCUCUGGCAUUGCAAAGGGACUACGAGAAUGCAAUGGCAGACUUGAUGGCAAUGCAAGCCGAGCGUGACGAGCUGAUCACAGAGCUGAACGACCUAGAACAGAAGCAAAACGGCCUGCAGGGCGAGUUCGAAGACUUGCGGGCCGAGGCGCAAGAGGCAAUUGAUGGCUAUGAAGAUGAAGCUGAUUUACGCGAUGCUGAAACGCAGAGGCUGCAGGCAGAGUUGACUGAGCGAACGGAAAACUUCACCGCUCUGCAAGAAGAGAUGCGCAAGCUAAGCGAGGCUCUUGUCGGUCUCGAAGAUGAAACAAACGAUAAAGUACACCGCAUCCAACAUCUUGAGCAGGAACUUGGCGAUGCGAACAAGGAACUGGAGGAGCUUGAAAGCAAACUACUCGAAUCCAACGACAAAGCCCCACGACUUCUCGUGCAACAGGAAAACAGCCAGGGCGAGAUUGCCUUCCUUCGAGAAGAGCAAGAGAGCGACAAAAUUACCAUCAGUCGAUUAGAGGUCAAUGUCACAAAAGCCGAGGAGCUACACCGUGAUGAACAAGAACGGGUGAAGCAGCUUCAAGCACAAAUCAUCACAGAACGGGAGCAGAGCGAGAGCCUUGCCACUAAGGACAAGAAGGAGAUGCAGCACUUUGUCAACGAGCUCAGUCGUGAAGCCUCAAAUGCAAAAGAGGAGGCAAGGAAACUACGAAAAAGCCUCACCUCUCGUGAGGUGGAAGCAACGGAGUGGAAGGAAAGACUGAUGGAGUUGGAGAACAAUCUGAGAGAAGCACUCGGCGAUCUGAGUGGGACUCGAUCCAGUCUUUUGAAAUCUAUCGCCAAGCUUCAACGCGAGCUGGAAAACACUGUUCGUGAACUCGACGCAACAAAGGCAUCUGCAAUGGAAAAAGACCGCCUAAUCAAGCAACGUGACGCUCUACUAGAGUCCCAUGGUCUCGAGGCUCGCAAGGUUGCUGAGGCGCUUGACAAAGAGCGUGCAGUUCACCGAAACACAAAACACCAAUUUGAGACAUUUCAGAAAACACAUCAACAUGUCUCUCGGACUGUGUCGAGUCAGGAUGCACGAAUUGUCGAACUCGAAACGACCAAGUCGCAAGACAAGCGACGCAUCUCUCAGCUGGAAAUCACUUUCAAGGAGCAGCUCAACGAACGGAACAAUCUUCUACUUGUUUUGUGGACCCGGCUAUCUGCCCUUUGCUUUAGCAGGAACCUUGUGGCUGCCAUCAAGCAUAUUGAGUCCAUCAUCAGUGGGUUUAAAGGCCGUAUCAAGGGCGUCGAAAAAGACCUCUGGCGUGAAUACCACAAUUUGGAAAACAGUCUUGAGAUGCGCAUCAAGAAGCUGGACCGCCUGGAGGGCAUCGUUCGCAGCGGUCUUGCCUCGGGAACUUUUAGCAGCACUGAGCUCCAAAACCGCAUGAUGAGAAAGGAGGACGCUUAUCGACAACUGAAGGUGGAAAAUACAACCCUGCGGACGGCGAACGAGGUGCGCGUCAGGGCUGCAUAUUCGUCGGCAGAUGGGGGCCUUGACAAUGAUCCUGGCCUUACUGGGUCACCAUCGCCGUCGAUUCCAACCGGGCCUCGCGAACGUACUAAAGCCGGAGGCUCUCUUCGUCCGAAGACAGGUAGCCGGAGCGGUGUGCCCCGACCGACCACAUCAUCGCGGCCGAUGACGGCCGGUGAGCUGGCGCUUCAUGAUGCAGCAGGUGAUGCGGGCUCUGGAAGCGAUGGAUAUGGCGCUGAUCCGCGGGGGAUCCUCCGUUUUACGGGGAUCUUAGAGAACAAGCUCAAACUCGAGAGAGAGGGACGUACUAUGGAUCGGAACGAGGCCGUACGCCGGUUACGCGAGCAAGAAGCUGAGAUAAAUCGCCGAAAUGAGAGGGACAGGAGAAGUGGGCGAGACGAUACCAGCGGGUAA